UUUCUUACGACUUUCACAAUCUGCUCUUCGACGUUCUCAAACCCUCACUCCGUCAAUUACAUCAACUCGAACACCACCCACCACGUUCUCAGCAGAGAGACUUGGCCAGAUCAACAGACACUUCAACAUGGCUUCCACCAACUCGUCAGAGAACAACAAUGACAGCUUCAAGCUGUCGACCGUCUUCAACGUUGAGAAGAAAGUGGCAUUGGUGACUGGAGGCGGCAGCGGCAUUGGUCUGAUGGUCACGCAGGCUCUCGCAGUCAACGGAGCCAAAGUCUACAUCGUCGGACGUACCAAGGAGAAGCUCGACACCGUUGUGAAGACCUACAGCCAAGGCAUUUCCGGUCAGAUUAUCCCACUCGUCGCCGACGUCAGCAAGAAGGACGACAUUGCCAAGCUCUACCAGGAGAUCUCGUCGAAGGAGGAUCAUCUGGACAUCUUGUGCAACAACGCCGGCAUUUCAACCAAGACCUUCAAGCACGAAGCUUCCACCGCCGAGGAGAUGAAGAAGAACCUCUUCGACAACGAGGACGCCACAUUCGAGGACUGGAACGACGUCUACCGCACCAACGUCUCACAGAUCUACUUCAUGACUACUUGCUUCUUGCCACUCCUGCAAAAGGCCACGGAGAAGACGUACGGCUGGUCGGGCAUGGUGCUCAACAUCAGCUCUAUGUCGGGAGAGGUCAAGACGAUGCAGCACCAUCCUCAGUACAACGCUUCAAAGGCCGCCACGAUCCACCUCACAAAAAUGCUCGCCAACGAAAUUCAGAACAACGGCCUCAAGAUUCGCGUGAACAGCAUCGCACCCGGUGUCUUCCCAUCCGAGAUGACUGCCGGCGAGAGUGGCGCGAACCAGAAGUCUCACGUCGAGAAGGAGAAAUACGAGUCAAAGACUUCCGCUCAGCGCCCCGGAAACGACAAGGACAUGGCGGGCGCGGUGUUGUUCGUGGUGACGAAUCAGUAUCUCAACGGCAAGACUGUGACGGUGGAUGGUGGGUACGAGCUUGUUGCCGGUACGUAA